AUGCAUACCCAAAAGCUGACACAUAUUAUUGUUGGCCCUGGUCCUGAUGAUGUUGUACCAAUCGCCAGUCACAACAUCGAUGUAGCCAGCUUUGCGCGAGAGGAAGCCCUUCUGCAAGAAUCAGUCCUCAAUCUAUGUCCUGCUAACCUCUGGCAUAAUGGCUCUUACGCCUCUGGAUGUCCACGUCCUGUCCUAGUUGGUGAACAUCACCAGCAGCAGAUGAAGGAUCUGCAUAAGGCUUUGACAGCAGCUAUUGCAGAUAUUGUGCAACGAUGGUGGAGUGACACAGAUGCACGGUUCCCCGAACGCAUGCCACUGGAGCCAAGAGAAGAGGAGCUACUAAAAUGGAUCGAGACACAGGUCAAGAUCGGCAACUUGGCUCCAUUCCCCCAGCGUCUUGGCUCAUGGCGCCCUGACUUUCUCGUCGAAGAAACAGCCAAGUGUCAAGAGAAUUACUGCAUCACCGAGAUAAAUGCACGGUUCUCCUUCAAUGGUUUCAUGCAUGAAGCGUAUGGCCAGGAAGCUAUCAAUCGGAAUGUGCGGGGUGAAGAAACAGGCCUCAUUGGCGCGACAGAGCCAGAGAUGAUCUUACAAGGAUUGUUCAGCUUGUUCGAUCCCAACUAUCCCCUGCAUCUGCUCAAGGGCGACGAAAAGGGCAUUGAUAUUCACAUGUUUAUCGAUGCUGUCGAGCGUCGCUUUGGUAUCAAGCCAAGACUUGUUACCCCGGAUAAGCUAAGAUUACUCCCAGACGUGCGCAGUAAGACUGGAUACCGACUUUGCUGCGUCGUAAAGGGUAUUGAUGAGCCGGCGGUAAACAGCUGGAGGUUCAAAGCCAAGAAUGGGGAGGUCUGGGACGAGAUUCACCAGGUCGGACUGGAACUGCAUCAGCGGGAACUCGAUGCACUAGAUCUGGACGUGUUACGACAGAUCAGUCUCAGAUGCUUCAACGAUAUGCGUACCGUAUUACUCGUGCACGACAAACGCAUGUUGGGCAUAAUACGACAAGAGUUGCCUAGGUUAACGGCCCGUGGCGUUCUGACAGAGACGCAAGCUGAGGCUCUUGAGAGUAACAUCGUGGACACGAUCCUCCCAGGUUCCACGGAAUUGGACACUCUCAUCCAAGCAGGUCCCCAGUCACGCCAGGGUUACAUCCUGAAGCCUAUACGCAGUGGCAAAGGAGAUGGCAUCAUCUUUGGCGACGAUUUGACAGGCGAUGAAUGGACGGCUCGUCUCGAGGGUCUCAGCUCAGCCAAUAUCGUCCCCGGAGUUUCCGCUGCAGUAGCUGUGUCGCUGCUAUCGUGUUCACAUGCACUGCGGUCAGCUUUUCGUCAAUCGAGAAAUGGUAAGGCGAGGGACCAGUUCUACCAGGAUGACGAUGGAUGCGCCUCGCCGCGAUCGCUCGCAGAGUUUACGAAUAGAGGCGCCAAGAGCUUCAUUGUCGUCUUCUCUGCCAUCGGUGCUGCUACGUGCAUUGUGAAUCUCGUGAUAACUACACUUUAUCAUGAUGGAGUUGAGUCGGUCAUUGAACCUGCAUUGAUUCUUGCUGCUUGGGCCCUCCUGCGUCAAGCUGCGCAGCGAGAUGAUCUCGACAAGGAGGACGUUCCCCAGGCAGAUUCACGAUUGAGAUCGCAAGACCUCAAGAAACGGUGGGAUCAAUUGACCAGACACGAAUCACUAUUCCACUCCAUCGUGGCCAUGUAUAAAGGCAGGCUGGUAAUUCUAUGGGCAGUCACUCUGGUCCGUUGUGCCGUAAGCAUUCUUCCUUUCUGGUUCAUGCUCAAGAUCAUCAAUAUUCUGGAAGGCGGAACAGCACGCGCUGAUAAUAUGCAACUGAUGAUAUUUGUUUUACUCAUGGCAUUAUCCAACUUAUUGGACUCGUGGAUGGAAGGCUGGGCAUACUGGUACUCCCUGGAGAGUCUCGCCUUGCCAAUUCGGUCCCAAAUCUCGGGCAUCAUCUUUGGCAAAGUCCUGCUAAGGAAGAACAUCAGGACUUCAGGUGGUGACGAAUCCGUAUCUGAGACGGACGACGAAGAAGACACUCCGUCUCUCAAAUCUCACCAAGCGAUUGUCAACUUGGUAGGUAUCGACACAGAGCGCCUCUCCUACUUCUUCCAGUAUCACUUCCUCAUCAUAGCCGGCGUGGUCAAACUCAUCGUCUUUUCCAUCUUCCUCCUUCGCAUCCUAGGAUGGCUUCCCCUCAUCGCGGGUAUAAUGGCAUGGGCUCUCACUUUACCACUCAACACCUGGUUCUCUGGCAAAGUCCUCACAGAGUCACGAGCAUUGAUGAGACAUCGCGACAUGAAGCUGUCCAAGAUAAGCGAGGUUCUUACCGGCCUGCGUCAAAUCAAGUUCUCAGCUUUGGAGCGACAGUGGGAACGAAGGAUACUCAAACUACGAAACGCCGAGCUGGCGACGUUGUGGAAUUUCUUCCUUGCUGACAGUGGCCUUUUCGCAUGCUGGGUUAUAAGUCCCAUUCUACUUGCUGUUGCGUCGCUGACUACCUAUGUCCUUGUCCAUGGAACAUUAUUGCCUUCAGUAGCGUUUGUCAGUAUCGGAAUAUUUAACAACCUCGAAACGACGCUUGGUUCUUUGCCAGAGCUGCUUACACUGGGGCUUGACUCUCUUGUUUCGCUGAAGAGAAUAAGUGCUUAUCUCGAUGAGCCAGAGAACGAGACCGAGUUAACACUGAGCGACACCAUCAGUUUUCACAAUGCCUCUAUCGCUUGGCCCACUAAUAGAACUUUAGAGGAGGGUGAUUUUGUUCUGUCUGAACUCCGUCUAUUCUUUCCCAACCAUGCGCUAUCUGUUGUUUCCGGCAAGGUCGGUACGGGAAAGACUCUCUUACUCUCUGCUAUCUUGGGUGAAGCCGAUCUAAUCAGCGGCGAAAUCCACGUCCCCAAGAAACAGCAAUUUCAGAGCAGCGACUGGAUUAUCCCAGGCUCAAUUGCAUACAUCAGUCAGAAUCCAUGGCUCGAGAAUUGCUCCCUCCGCGACAACAUCCUUUUCGGUCUGCCGAUGGACAAGUCGAGAUACAACCAAGUUCUUGAAGCAUGUGCCCUAUCCGAAGAUCUCAAAUCUCUCCCGGAUGGUGAUGAUACAGAAAUUGGGUCGAACGGUGUUAAUCUAAGCGGCGGCCAGAAAUGGCGUGUCACACUCGCGCGAGCUGUAUACUCCAGUGCAGAGGUUCUCCUGAUGGAAGACAUCUUUAGCGCCGUUGACUCUCACGUCGGUGCUUGGAUCUAUGACAGGUGUCUUACUGGGGAUAUCUGCCAGGGACGUACACGGAUCAUUGUUACUCACCAUUUGAGCCUCGUUAUGCCUGGCGCUAGCUUUGUGGUUGAGCUUGGUGACGGGGGAGUGAUAUACUCUGGACGUCCCAAACUCUCAGUACAUCAUCAGGAGGAUGCAUCGAGUAAUGACACUGAAGACGACCUGACUUUGAUCGAUGCGUCUGAUGAUGCUUUGAUCUCUCCUAGAUCAGAGACGGAACAUGCCAAGUCAGAUGCUACCCCGAAGAAGUUUAUGCAAGACGAGAUACGUCAAAAGGGCAAUGUCAAGAGAAGUGUUUAUUUGACAUAUGUCAAUGGGAGUGGCGGUUUACUUCCCUGUGCAUUAUGCAUCGGCAUUUAUCUCGCUUAUCAAGCAGGAAUUCUUGGGAGAGCCUGGGUUCUUCGCAUCUGGACUGCCAAAUCAAGUACAUCAUCUGACACCCUCAACACCCAUCACAUCUCUGGGUCUUCAUUCUCGACGACACAACUACUUUCCCAUCACUCUAAACAUAUUGCGCCGGACCCGGACGUUAUCUUCUAUCUCAAGAUCUAUAUCGCCAUCUCUGUAGCUACUGCAGUUGUUGCCGACUUUAAUAUUAUUGACGAACGCGUCGCCAUGACAUGGAGUCAAUUCUUCUCACAUCUUCUUAGGCUCGUCAGUAUCUGCGUUGCUUCCUGCUUUACCUCUGUGUAUCUUAUCCCUCCAGCCGCUGUACUGUUGGCCAUUGGUGCAUUCAUUGGUAACAGGUACCUGGUUGCCAGUCGGCCUUUGAAGCGUCUCGAAAGUAAUGCCAAGUCCCCCGUCUUUGAGCUCUUUAAUACGACUCUAGCCGGUAUCUCGACUAUUCGGGCGUUUCGAAGAACCCAGACGUAUCUUGAGCAGAUGCAUAAUAAUCUGGAUGCUUGGACCAUGACUUCAUUUUACAUCCUUUUGGCCAACCGAUGGAUGAGCUUGCGCAUGGCCCUUAUCACUGCACUUUUCAGCAUCACCGUCGGUGUUGUUAUUAUUGCCAAGCAAAUUGAUGCUGCUCUGGCUGGUUUGGCGCUUUCAUUCAUUCUGGACUUUUCCGAAAGUCUUCGCUGGACGAUCCGAUCGUAUGGAGAUAUGGAGUUGGAGAUGAACUCGAUGGAGCGAGUGGUAGAGUACAUGAACAUCGAGACAGAAUACCUUGGUGGGUUGAGACCGGCAGCUGCUUGGCCUAGGUCUGGUAGCGUUGAAGUCAAGGAUCUAGAGGUUGCGUAUGCGCCUGAUCUACCACCAGUGCUCAAAGGUCUGUCGUUCAAGAUCAAACAUGGUGAGCGUGUCGGCGUUGUUGGUCGUACCGGAGCCGGCAAGUCUUCAAUGACUUUGGCCCUUUUCCGAUUCCUGGAAGCGAGAUCUGGGAGUAUUGCUAUUGACGGAGUGGAUAUAUCGAAACUCAAAUUGACCGACUUGAGAUCCAAGAUGUCCAUCAUUCCACAGUCUGGCAGUAAUCUUUCUCAAGGCCAGCAGCAACUCCUCUGCAUCGCCCGUGCUCUCCUUGCCGCUUCCAAGGUCAUUGUUCUAGAUGAAGCAACCUCUGCUAUUGACAUAGCUACAGAUACGCUGAUACAAAAGAGCAUUCGCGAGUGGUUUCGGACAGGACCAUGA